AAUUGCUGCUCUUUCUACUUCAAACAACACUCCUUAUAUUUAACCUCCUCACUUCCUUUCCUUAGCCUUGUGAACUUACCCCUUAGGCCCUUUACACCAAUUCUUUCUUUGGUUAUUCUCUCUUCUUAAUUUCUUUGCUCGGCAGAUGUCUCCAAUUGAUGUAAGAUCUCCAAAACAUUGUGACGAGAAAGGGUAUAACUUCAGCGUAGAAAAAGUACUCCCAAUUAAGAAGUUAUUCUUUGGCUUCUCUACCAUUUUCCUCUCUAUUCUAUCAUUUAUCUUUCUUCUGUAUCUCACUCUCCACCCAACGAAGCCCAACUUUACUCUGAGAGAAGCUGAUAUUUAUCAACUCAACCUCUCAGGUCCACGCCGACUUCUCAACUCCUCCAUUCAACUCACACUAGUAUCCAAGAAUCCAAACAAGAAAGUAGGAAUAUACUACGAUGAAUUGCAAGUGUAUGCUUCUUAUAAGGGCCAGCAAAUUACUCUUUACACUUCUCUUCCUCCAUUUUAUCAAGGACAUGAAGAUAGUAAUUUUUUGUCUGCCUCUUUGAUUGGGAAUGGAUUGCCAGUGGAUCCUUCUUUUGGUUAUGAGGUGCAACGUGACCAAAGUGCUGGAAAAUUGGUAAUGAAUUUGAAAGCAAGUGGUAGGUUAAGAUGGAAAGUUGGAACUUGGGUUUCUGGAAGGUAUAGGUUCAAUGUAGAUUGUGUUGCUAUUAUGCCUUUUGGACCUUCCUUACCAGCUGGUCCCCUCACUUUUAGACAAGGAGCUCAAUGUUCUACCACUCUUUGAAGCUUGAAGCAAUAAUUUAUUACUACAUACUCGGGUUUGAGCCUAGGAAAUGGAGUGCUCUUCAGUAGGGAGCGCUAAAACCUCCAUAUAUACUUAGUAAAUUUGAAUUAGUAGGGUCAAAUGGGUUCGAUUAAAGACCGGAUGCUUGAUGAAGAUAAUAUAUUUACGCAAUUAGCGUGGAAUAUACACGCUAAAUUCGGUGCACUAAACUCCCGUUAUGUCCGGGGUCAGAAAAAGGGCCGGACCACAAGGGUCUAUUUGUAACAAUCUUACCCUGCAUUUCUGCAAGAAUGUUGUUUCCACGGAUCGAACUCGUAUACAAGCUAAGCCCUUCCACAAUAUCUUUUUCUUUCUUUCCUUUUUUUUUUUUGGGUAUGGUUGUAAAUCUUGAUUAGAAUUGGAAAGUUAUUGUUACUUUGAUGUUAAUAUAUUGUGAAUCAGUCUAGUAAAAGUAAUGCAAAGAUAAGUGGGAAGUUAGAAAUAAAAGGGUUUUUUUAGCUUGUUUAUCUUAUCUUGUAAUUUCUCUUUUGUAGAGUAGAUUGAUGAUGGUGGAAAGAUAAAUGAAAUUUGUAGUGAGAGAGGCCAGUGGAUGACCAAGAUUA